CGCGCGCUUCCGCUUCCGCCACGGCCGCGGCGGCCUCGGCGUUCCGGGAGCGGCGGCGUCUGCGGGCGGCCCUCCGCACGAUGUCCGGCGGCCUUCUGAAGGCGCUGCGCAGCGACUCCUACGUGGAGCUGAGCCAGUACCGGGACCAGCACUUCCGGGGUGACAAUGAAGAACAGGAAAAAUUACUGAAGAAGAGCUGUACAUUGUAUGUUGGAAAUCUUUCCUUUUACACAACUGAGGAACAAAUCUAUGAACUCUUCAGCAAAAGUGGUGACAUAAAGAAAAUUAUUAUGGGCUUGGAUAAGAUGAAGAAAACAGCAUGUGGGUUCUGCUUUGUGGAAUACUACUCGAGAGCAGAUGCAGAAAAUGCCAUGAGGUACAUAAAUGGAACUCGUCUGGAUGACCGGAUCAUUCGCACAGACUGGGACGCAGGCUUUAAGGAGGGCAGGCAGUAUGGCCGUGGGCGAUCUGGGGGCCAGGUUCGAGAUGAGUAUCGGCAGGACUAUGACGCUGGGAGAGGCGGCUAUGGAAAACUGGCCCAAAACCAGUGAGUGGUGAGAGCCCCAUCAUGAAAACUCACUUCUUUGGCCUGUUGAAUUUGCCAUGCAUUACCCAAGGUCUGCGAGCCUGCCCAUUUUUGCCAUGCUUUGAUCAAGGUCUCUGUUGAGCUGGAAGCCUUUUCAUGGUUUUCCUUUGAAAACUAUUAAAGGACAGAAUUCAAAAGAAUGCCUUUAUUCUGUAGUCUUAGAAUCUUGGCUUUAGGUCAGAUUACUAGAAUGAUUUUAUGUUACCAGGUCAGAAUUUGUGCAUCAUGGCAACAGAUUCGAUCUAUUGGCCCAAAACCCUAUGCUUCUUUUAGGAAGAUGGAAAAUUUUAAAAAUUGAUAGUUGGUUCAUGGUCUUAAUUGGGGCCUUACAAUUUGUGUUUGCAGGAGAUAAAAUGUAAUAAGUGAGGUUUUGCUGUGUUGUAUAGCUUUGCUCUAAAUUAGAUGUUUGACAACUAUUUGUUUUCUGUGUUGAGUUCUAAUCUCUGAUGGCAAACUUGGGAGUCAAGGGAACUUCCUAAAUUGUUGGUGCAAAAGUAAGCCUUAGACUGUGCCAGGAGGUACCACCAGCUUAUGUGUUUUAUGUAUUAGGACUUGGAUUUACUGUACACAUUUUUCAAAAGAUGUGUUGUACCUAAAAAUUCAUUGUUGGAGUGAUCUUAGGAAUGGACUAGGUUUAAAAGAUCAGAAUACUUAACGAGAACAAUCAGAAUUGCUUCCCGCAGGAAAUGUGUCUUAGCCAAUUCUCAUCUGAACUCUGUCUUGUUUUUUCCCUAUUUGUGCUGAGUCUCGGAGCCUGGAUAGUGAGCUAAUGGUCUUUACAGAGAAGGUGGUCUACCAAAUUUAUUAUGCAUUUGUAAGCAAAAGGUGAUUUUUGUAAUACUAAACUAAUUUAGUCUAAUGUAAUUUUCCCUUACAUAAGUGAGAUUUUUUUCGUCUAGCAACAGAUUAUCUCCUAACUUCCACUAGAAUCUCAGUGUGAACAUCUUUCACGUUACAGUAAGUAUAGGUUCCUUCAUUAAGUUCAAGCUGAUUAUUUGGAUUAUUAAGAGCUAUAACUAGUUUUAAGUACUUAGGAAAGAACCGUUUGCAGAUGUUUAAUGAGGACAAUCAUUGUGACAUAAAAAUUCUUUUACACUAGUUUGAAUUAAUUUAUAAUUUUGUAGUAAAAUAGAACUCCAAUUUCUGCAGGCCUUAAAACUACAGACACUGGUUCCUGUUUGAAUUGUCAGACCAAAUUAUUGUCUCUCCCCAUUAUCUCAACCUAUAAGAGACAUUAGAACUCUUACUCUGAAUUAUUUAUUAGUAAUAAGGUACAGAUUUUGAUAUGAAUGUGGUAGCUACUAGCAGUGCUCAGAAAUUGAGCCAUCGCAGAAAAUUCUGUUGGGCAGUGUUAUUUAAGAGUAGGCUGCUUAGCAUCCAUCUGAGAAACUACUCAACCAAACAGUACAUGUUAUUCAAGAGGAACACACAAGUUUAUAAAGGCAUUUAGUUUAUUUUUCAAAAAAAUAUUUUUGCUAGAAGGUUUGAGUAAUUUUACAUGAUCACAAUCUUUAAAUAAAUUCUUUUUCUGACCAAAAGGUACCAUUUAAGUGAACAGCUUAUCUAGGCCUGCCAUUGUAACACUCGAAUACAAUUAGUAUUUCUCUGAUGGUGUAUUCCCUAGGUCUUAAGGCAGAGCCUCGUAUAUAAUAAAAGCAGGUGCUUUACAACUGCUGAUUAGUUCGGUUUCUUAAACAUAAUUAAGCAGAGCAGGUAGUCAGUAUAUUCAGUUCAUUCAGUUCACACUAUUACCACGCCUGAAGGUUCUGAUUCACCCAGAGCUCUCCCAGUCAGCCCUUCUGACCCAGGGAAGCAGUGAACCAAGACUGCAGAGAAAAAGGGCAGCUCUUAGACUAGUGCUGCUGUGUCCCAGUUAGGGCUGUAGUUUUGUUCCAACUAUGAAUCCAAGAUGACUGGUCUCACGCAUAUUCCGUAAGUAGAAAAUACAAUGCAAAACCAAAAAGUGACUUGGGGAUUUGGGGCAGUAACUGCUGCUUUUUCCCUUCCUUAAGGGACCUCAACUAAAAGUUGAAUUAAAUCCACAUUGCUAUAGAUGUAACAUAAGGACAAAUCACUGGAAAGAAAUAACUACAGACUGGUAUGUUUGUUGAUGGACAGGACUGGGCACAGCUUGAAGGCACAUCAGCAGCUUUUAGUUUGUACAAGGCCUGCACUUAACCCCAAAAGCCUAAGGCCUGCCCAUCUUGUGGGCACCCAAACAAUUCAGUGCCAAGCUAGUGACAAAGCAAUGCCCACCCUCUUCCACCAGCAGCCCAGACUACAUUUCAAAAAUGUCUUUGCUGCAAGGAAGCAGAUGUUGGAAACAUUAGGACAAAGGCCCUUUCUGAUGUAGGACUUGGGCUAAAUAGAAGUUUACCACCUAAUCACAAAGAGUAGGGGAGAAAGCGACUGUGUGCUAAAACCAAGUUUCAUGAACAGAGAAGAAACACUUGAACCAGAUGUCUUCAAAUAUUUGACAACGCACCUCAAGGUGCCCUAUCAAACCAGAAGUGAAAAGGGAAGCUGGACAGUUUACUUUAGUUACCUCUGUGCACCCCUGCUUGACUCAGCACUGAGAGGGCGACCAUUUCUCAGACUGGCGGAAACGGCAAGUCAAGUUUUGGGCAUGAAAAUUCAGAACACAGUUCUGUGUGUUUCCUCCAUGCCUGGUUCUGUCAGUGAGGAAGGGAGAUGGACCUCUAAAAUUAAGACAUUGUGAAUCCACAGUCUAGUUAUACUAGCCACUUGGUGUAACUACUUGCCUCCCCACAAAAGUUAGGCAAAUGUCUUACAUGUAGAUCUGAAAAAAAAAAAGAAAUUCAUUUGCAUAAUCAUGUCGGAAAACCUCAAGAAGAUCUCCCCACUUAAACUGUCAUCUUUGCUAAUGCUGACACAACCCUAACUGUAGCAGCAUACAGUGAGUGCCUCUGAUCUCAGGCCUUUUAGUGACUUGAAGCACAGUAGGAAAUACUGACCUGGCUUUACAGUAAGUCCAGAAGACUCUGGAGAGUGCUGGGGCUUUCUACAUGUGUAAACACUGGUAUGGGUGCUUGGAAUGUCUGGGGAUGGGAACCCUGCGUGUAAACAUGUUCUGACUCUACCCUCAACCACUGGCAACCUUACCUUAUGGCCAAAUUAAACUGCACGUUUAGCUUUUUUACUUUCAAUACCCCACA